UCCUCAUAGGUUUGUGUAGCUGGUGGGACCAGGGGGCGGGGGGGUCCUCAGAGAUGGGGCUGGGGGUCUACAAUUUUAGUGGAGUACAAUUUUAAAAAUGACGUUCUCAUGUGCAGCAUCUUAUCAGGCAUAGAAAAGUUUGGGCAAAAAAGUUCUGAGUGGAGAUUUCUUGACCUUUCAUAUCUUUCUCAAUAGCCUGAAUGCAAAUGGUAACUUCUCUUUUUUACUCUUUCUCUUCAAUCUGCUUUACCUGUCAAAUGGUCAGGCACAAUGUCCUGUGAGAGUCUGUGGAGAGACGGAGGCUUCCUAUAGCUUUUUCUGUCACCUUUUUAUACAGGCUCUCUCAGGAGACGACACAGAACCCCACCACGAGCGCACACGCACACACACACACACACUCUCUUUCUCCGUUUCUUUGUUUCUUUCCUUCUCUGGUACGGGAACUGUCUUCUCUCUGAACCUCUGUGUUUGUGAGGACCUGAUGGAAUGACAGAGGGAGUGGGAGAGAGGGGUGGAGAGAAAAGAGAAGAGGUAGAAUAGAGAUCAUCUAGGACCUGUGUGUGUGUGUAUGUGCGUGCACGCACGUGCAUGUGUGUGCAUACAUUUGUGUGUGUGUGUGCGCGCACAUUAGGUAGACAAAAUGAAAGAGAGAAAGAGGGGGGGAAGGAGGGAGAGAGAGGAAAGUGUGUGAGAGGAAGGCGGGAGGACAUUACAGAGAUCCUAGAUGCUCUCUAUUCUACCCCCUCUCUCUGUCUCUCCCCACCCCCUCUCUUUUCUCUCCACCCCUCUCUCCCACUCCCUCUGUCAUUCCAUCAGGUCCUCACAAACACAGAAGUUCAGAGGGAAGACAGCUCCCCUACUAGAGAAGGAAAGAUACAAAGAAACGGAGAAAGAGAGAAACAGUGAGGGGAAUAAAAAGAAGAAGUGGUAUUAACAGUGGAGGACAAGUUUUGGAAGAGAGGAGAGCGAAGGAAGAGAGUGGUGGUUUUGGUGGGGGGUGGGUGGGUAGCGUUCACGGCUGCUCCGUCUCUCUCUCUCCUCCAUCCCUCCGUCUCCGUCGCCGUGGGUUCACAGCUCUCCCUCUCCCUCCCCCCCUCCCUUGCUCCCUACCUCCCCCGCUCGCUGCUGCCGGGAACCUCCGAGCUGCUGCGGCGGAGGUCGUCUCGGAUGGAGUCACCAAGAGACGUAGGAGGAGAGACGAUGGAGCGUGGGGAGCGGGCCGAGCCACUGACCGAUGCCGAGCGGGAGAUCAUCCAGAACACCUGGGUACACGUCUACGAGAACUGCGAGGACGUGGGCGUGUCGGUCCUCAUAAGGUUCUUUGUGAACUUCCCAUCGGCCAAGCAGUACUUCAGCCAGUUUCAGGACAUGGAUGACCCAGAGGAGAUGGAGCGCAGUGUCCAGCUGAGGCACCACGCCCGCCGGGUGAUGAGCGCCAUCAACACGGUGGUGGAGAACCUCCACGACCCAGAGAAAGUGUCCUCUGUUCUGGCUCUGGUGGGCAAGGCGCAUGCUGUCAAACACAAGGUGGAGCCUAUGUACUUUAAGAUCCUGUGUGGUGUAAUGCUGGAGGUGUUCUCGGAGGACUUCCCAGAGUUCUUCACGGCAGAAGUGCAAAUGGUGUGGACCAAACUGAUGGGGGCGGUGUACUGGCAUGUGACGGGCGCCUACACAGAGGUUGGCUGGGUGCAGCUCUCCAGCUCGGCAGUGUGAGGGGCGAUAGCAGGGGAGGGCAGGGCUGUGACGGUCUGUACGGAUCCUGAAGGGAGGUUUGGUCUCUGUAAUGCCCCUGUCCAAGAAAAAAUGAAAGGAACAGGGAUGGAGGAAGGUGAUUUUUAGGGCUGAGACUGUUCAUAGAAUAUCUUGUUGUGUUCAACUUUUGGGGGAGUCGUUCCCCUCUCCCUACUGACUCAUUGUGUGUACUUUACUGUAUAGCCCCUGAGGUGUUGUCUGUAUAGCUCCUGGGAUGUUGUCUGUAUAGCGUACAGUAAGUGAGUGUGUGUAUUCUCUUCUGCCCUCAUUCAACACUCAUUGUAGUAUUGUAAAUCUUCAAUGUUUUCAAGGGAACUAAGGGCUCCAUUUUAGGGAGUUUUGUUGCUCACUGAAAGUAUGCCACUUUGGAUUCCCAAAUACACCCUGUAUCUUUCCAUGCCCAUCUCAUGCACUAUGCAAACACACCCAUCUGCUAACACCCUGUCCAUACGGCAAUUGGCUAUUUUAAACAGUUUCAAAGUGAUGGGAUAGAGCCACAGGCUGACAGACCACUGUUAGAGUAUCAUCUCCUCUUUAUAAGCAUGCAUGCACGCACGAGCACACACACACACACACACACACACACACACACACACACACACACACACACACACACACACACACACACACACACACACACUCACACACAUACACACUCACACACAUACACUGCUCUGCCGACUUUGACCACCCGUAUGCUAAUAUUUACAGAGCAUUUACUUGGUUUACAUUUCCUCAUUAAGAAACUGACUCCGGAGGUCUCUGGAAAUACAACGGACCCUUUGAAGUAGCAUCAGUAUAUCUUUUACCUCUGAACCACUGAGGUAAGAAAAAAUAUUCAUAUCGACCAAAUCUAAUAUACUAAGCACUCUACAACCCUACCAAGAGGUCUAGACACUUUGGUACAGUUUAAACCAUGUUGGGUUGGCAUGUACAAUACGAUGACACAAGUUGGAGCCCUGCUCCCGACUUUUCCCUGAAUACACUACAAAUGGAUUUUGAAUGUCACUUUAGAUCCAAUCUCCUCUGUGUCUCUGAUGGUAACUCCUGCGCUCUGGUCCCUCUCGGCUUUGUCAUUUACCAUUAAUGAGGAAGUAAUGGGGCUCCGCUCUUCCUCUUCUGGUCAUUCAUCAAAUAUCUCCCCUACUCUCUCAUCCUUUCUUUCCUCUGGCCAAAUUCUGAGAGAAAUCAUCCCUCUAUCUGCUUUGCUUCCAUGGCUACUUGGCUAAUAAUAUAAUUCUACUCAUAUUCUACUGCCUUCUCCUUUGUUGUUCCUUUGGAGGCCAGCAGUAAUGUUACGAGAUGAAGGAUAUACAGUAGGCUUACAUGGCUGAUAAUUAACUGACACAGGAAGUCGAGCUAACACAACAUGACAAACUCAUUCAGCAAGAGACAAGUGGCUGUAGAUGAGAGGAAAUGAGGUGGAUUACUGUAGAAGUCGUUGUAUAUAAUAAAUGCUCUCUCCCAUUACACCUACAGUACAAUACACGCACCAGUCUCACACUGUUAGCAAAACAUUUGACGUCAGAUCUUGAGUACAACCCCGUUAGAGGGCAGGCUCCUCUGUUCCUCCGAGUAGCUCGGGAUGGAGGAGUAUUUGUGUUAGGCCUGAGUCACCCCGACAGGUUGUUUAUUAAACCCUUGUCACCCAUAAUUCACAAAAUGGCUACAUAAUCUUUUUUCUCCCUUCAGCUAUAAGCUCGUACCCUCCAUCUGCAGAGUUUUCCUCCCUGACAGUCUCUCGUGAACACACACACACACAAAAACACACACACACGCACUUAAGCAUAUGUAGACAUCAUAUACUACAUCUGGGACUUCUUGUUGUGAUUUUCUUUUUCUGUCAGUCAGUUUUAAAGCUUGGACUUUAUAUUUUUCUAAAUAUAGAAAACAAAAUGAUUAUCUGUACAUGUAUUUGGAAUACUGUGUAUGACUGAGAUUAUAUACAUUUGUUGACUGGGGGAGUGGGAGUGGUUUUGUGCUGUUUUAGCAUGUUUGCACAGCCUACUACAGACGUGUACCUUUGCAGACCUGUGGAAAUGAACUAUCAAUGACUAUCAAUAAAGUGAUAAUUACCUACA